CACUGACAUUAGAGAUAUCGGUGUAGGCAGCCACAGCGGGGACCACCCUCCUUGGGCCGAUCUGGGUACUGUCGUCAGACCGCGGGGUGGCAGCCGUUGCUAACUCUGGCGCGCCCUUUGUAUCCCGCGUGCCUUCUCCAAAUUCCCACUUAGGACCUACCAUCCCUGCAAAAAGGUCUGCAUCUUCCAGAUGAAGCAUCAUGGCGAAACCCGGGUCGGGCUUUGUGUACUUGUUUUAACUUGCUCCAAAACUUGCGUUCUUUGUGAGUAUAAUAAAUCCUUUUUAUUCAACACUGUGGUACGUACUUCACUAUUGGUUGACAUCUUUUCUCCGAGACCUUGAAGAGUGUGGAGUUCGGUGAUAUCCUGCCAAAGUGGUGCUCAUUUUGGGAUCCUGCUUGUGCUUGUGCAAGAUUUCACAUAAGCGGUAAAGCACCCUGCCCGUCCGUGUGGUCUAGUGAACGACAUCCAAGGUGUGCAGUUCCUGGGUGGAUGACAGCGCUGAGCCUGCUUUUUACGCCUAAUACCAUUUGAGUCUUCUUGAAAAAGCUUGUGAUGAUGUCAACGGAUAAUGGCUUCUCAUCAACCGAUCAGAAAGAGACAAUGAGACAGCUCAAUGAGAGACUUGCUGAUUUUAUGAAGCACUGUCAGUGCCUGGAACAAUCAAAUAUUGCAUUACACAACAAAAUUGAAGAGCAAUUAAUGAAAAGUGAACAACAAUUUCCUACCUGGGAUGAGAAGGAGAAAGAGAGCCAAGAUCUCCUCCAAUCCAUCCAUAAAAUGGUCAUGGAAAAUGCAAAAACAUCUUUGGAAAUUGACAAAUGCAGCACGGAUCUUGCCCGGCUUAAACAAAGGGCUGUGAGAGAGGCUUUGGAAAAGAAUCGGAUUACAGAGAAAACACAUGUUCUGAGAACAAUGGCAGAUGAUUUUGCAGAAAACAUCUCUGAUCUGAAAAUAAUAAUUAUGGAUAAGGAAAAAGAAAUAAAGAACGUCAUUUCAAAUCAUCAAGAGAAAGUCCAGGCUGUGCAGCAGUUAAAACAUCCCAUCGAUGAUAUUCAGUUUGCUACAGUGGAGGAUGGGAGCAGGAUGGAACUGUCCCAGCUCCUCAAUGAGAUCAGAAGACACUAUGAGGCUCUCAUCAGCAGAAGUCACACCACCGACGACCUUCCAGCCAGGAUCCUGCUGGAAGAAGAAGAAGCUCGGCAGAAGAUGCAGAAAGACGAAGAGGAACUGAGGGCGGCGCAGGCCAGUCUUUAUGAAGCCAGGAAGCAAUGGAAAAUCCUACAGACUGAAAUUGAGUCUCUCCAAGCAAUGGAAAGGAGUCUGACGUUCACCCUCCAUGAAACAAAGCAGCAGCACCAGAAGCAGCUGGAGGCUCUGUCUGCUGUGAUUGCUGAUUUACAGCAUGAGCUGCAAGAGGUGAGAGAAGGAGUUUGGGCCCAGCUCCAGAAGCACAAGAUGCUCCUCAACACCAACAUGAAGCUGGAAAAUGAAAUCUCAGCAUAUCGAAGCUUGCUGGACAGUGAAGAGAGAAGAUUAAAUGGUACAAGACAACUUCAGGAACAGGAAUCAUCUACCAGCAAAAUAGGCUUUAACUUGCCUUCAGGCUCUGUGCACAAGAGUUCAAAGGUUUACAGGGAGUCUCCAGACCAGCAAGACAAAGACCAAGCAAUAUUUAAUGGAAAUUUAGCAGAUGAGGGUGCGGAGGCCACUGGAACAGUGCAGACAGAGAAAGUGGAUGAAAUGAUCAGAAGGUGGGAAGGUUCCUUCUUCAAGGACAAUCCUAAACUCAGAAAGAAAUCUGUGUCUUUAAGAUUUGACCUCCACAUGGCAGCUGCAGAUGAAGCAUGUUCCCAGACCAAAAAGGACAAUCUACCUGACAUCGAGGUUCGGUUAAUCAUGAAACGCUCGAGCAGCAUUCCCACCAUGAGUCCUUGACCUCACAACUACCAACCCAAAGAAAAAAGGCAAACAACUCAGAUGACGACAUUUGGUAAUACUGCUAAUCAUAUCAAGACAGAGGGUUGCAUUGGAUCUAAGAGAAAAACUGAAUAUGCAUUCUUCAUGCAAGUAUAGAAGUUUCAUAUAAUUUGUAUGUAUAUUUAUUGAAGACGUAGAAGUUAGAGGCCUAAAAUAUAUAUUUUAAUUGUUUGUUACAGACAGGUACAAUCCUGGACCAACGCUCCUUUAUUUUAAAUUUCUCCAUUGCCAUUAUAGGACUCAUAGGCUGAUCAGUAUUCACAGAAAUACAUUUCAAGGAAUUGUCUAAUAUUUCAUAUCCUCUUCUUAGUCACCUAUUGAGAACAUUUUGACCCAAUGUGUGUAGGAAAGAUUUAGGGCUAAACAUUAGACUGUUGACCACCUAUAGAAGGUAGCACAGUCAUAUAGAGUGCUAAUGAUCUACUAGGGAUUGCACUUUACUGUAUUUCAUUCUUGCUGGUGCACAAAGGUCGAGCUUGGGAUUGGGUUGAAUUUAAAUUAAUGGUGGACAAAUUUUCUAAUAGGACACUAGUGACAUAAGUAAUGGUGAUUGGUGCUUACAUGUAUGGUGAUUAUCCAAUUGCAUUGGGGAGAUGGGUGAUUAUUGUAAUAUUUGGGUAAAGGGCAAUACAAAUAAUAGAUCAGCCCUAUAGCCAGGGGCGUAGCUAUAGGGGGUGCAGAGGUAGCAUUCGCUACCGGGCCCAGGAGCCUGAGGGGCCCAAAGACCCUUGUGCUGCAUAAGAAGACACACAAAGCACUGAGGGAAGGGGGCCCCAAGCCUAACUCUUGCACCAGGGCCCAUGAGCCUUUUGCUACGCCCCUGCCUAUAGCUAAACUUAGAAUUGGGUCCCACUCCACCAAGUGAGUUUAUGAAAUUGAAAGGUUAUGAUUAUUAUAGUAAUAAUAAUUUCUAACUAACCUAACCUAUGGGGAAUGGCCCACCUCAGAUGCUGGGUCUUAUAGAAGUUGCUGCUACCCAGGUGGUUUUGCUCUUGCCUUAUGUCUACUGUACACCUUAAAGGCUUUGAACACUUUUGCACAGAAUUUUUUUCAUUCCUUUGCCUCUUAAAUAAAAAAUGAAGCCACUUUCUAAUUAGUUUUCAUUAAAAAUUUUCUUCCAUUUUGCUUCUGCAGAGUGUGUGCAACUUCUUCACCCAGCUGCUGAUGUUUCUAAAUCUGACAUAACUCCACUUUCCCCUUCCCUCUGUCGGUGUUUGCAGGAAGAGGUUGUAAAGGGCAGAUACUGUAUACACUGCUCACAAAAAGUUAGGGAUAUAUGGCUUUCAGGUGAAAUUUAUGGAAAAUGUUAAAAGUUCACGCUACAGUGAUAUUAUAUCAUGAAAGUAGAGCAUUUAAUUAGAAGAAUGCAAUAGUAAUUUCCUCAUCUCAAACAAUUUAUUGAAAUAAAAGCAAAAAACUGUGGUGGGUAUACCCUCACAGAAAAUGUCAAUGUCUCAAUAACUUGUCAUGUGGCCUUGAGCAUCAA